AUGCGCCAUGGCUCGCCCAGUCCUCCCUCUCGACAGCCAUUCUCCCCCAUUGCCUUCGUCACCACGCCGUCUGGCGAGCACGAACGUAUUCCCGACGAAGACGAUGAACAACCUAUGUCGCCUAUCGCGGAUCGAGGCGCAUUCCAGUCAGCCAUUGGAUUCGCGGGGCUAUCAUUUGGCUCGGGCCCUCAAGAAGAGAGUUCCUCAGAGUCGGGCGAAGAGGAUGUAGCGCGCUUUCCGCGCGCGCACAAGGGCAAGAGGGCGACGCUGGAUAGUCUCCCGCCGCUGCAGAUAAGAUCCAGAGAUAGCAGCAUGGAGCGCAUGGUCUCAGUGGAGUUGGAUGAUGGGCCAGCCUUCAUCUCCCCCGGUGGACACGACGAUGAUGAUACCCUCCCACUUACAGAUUCUUCGCGACUGCAGCCUGCGGCGGCAGCACGUCCGAGCAGUUCAGAUGGCCAGCGACAAGAGCGAAAUAGGGCAGGCUCUGGGCUGAGCCUCAGUGGGCUCAGCGUACGUCUCACAUCAGCUGGCGGGAGUAGCAAUCGAUCCAGAGCCAAUUCAAGACUUGGCGAUGAUCUGGCACAGACAGAAGCUGGAUCGAGACUAUCCACCUCCGAUAUGAGCAAAUCAACGUCCAAUCGGAAAAGCUCACUCCAAUCACUAUCACCAAUGGAGUCGCCGUUGCAAAGAACAGGGACUAUGCUGCGCAAGAUGUCACAGCGAGUCGUGAACGUCAGUAAUGAAGCAGAUAUCCUGGACAGAGAACGACCAUUACCUCGAAAACACUCGAUCAUUCAGCUACCUUCAGAGCCACGCAUAAGUGAAGCAGGAAGCGAAGGCAGGGCUAGUGCUGCGUUCGAUGGCGCACAUGCACCAAAGUCUCCAGCUAGCGAGAAAGGUCCCUCUUCUAUUGUUGAAGAUGAGCCACCUGCGCUGCCUGUCAUAGAUCGGAAUCCACUGAGAGGAAAGUCUCUUGGGAUCUUUUCGCCCCAGAGCAGAACACGACAGGCUCUUUUGGACUUCCUGGUCCAUCCUUUCGUGGAGCCUCUGAUUCUGGUUUUGAUCGUUGUUCAGACAGUCAUUUUAGCUAUCGACAAUGCACCAAACGUGUACACCGACAGUCGACCUCAUGGCUGGGGCAACAAUUGGACUGAUUGGCUUCUCCUCGGAAUCUUUGUGGUAUACACCAUUGAGAUCGUGGUCAAGGUGAUUGUGUCGGGAUUCAUACUCAAUCCUUCAGAAUACAGUACGAUCGAUCGAAGCAUUGGCUUGCGAAAAGCUCUAAAAAAGAAGUCGGAUGCACUUUUCGCCCUACACCGCAAACCCUCGAAGCGCGGUCUGCGGGCAGAUAUAGCGGAUGCGAAUGCGCCAGCUCCCGAUUCUUUGCUGCGGUCGUUCACAGUGCAGACUUUUGACGAAGUGCCUGGAGGAUCUCGACAAGCUCAAAAGAAGCGGCUCGCAUAUCGCGCAUUUUUACGGCACUCGUUCAAUCGAUUAGACUUCGUGGCCGUCGUAUCUUUUUGGAUCAGCUUCGUGCUAGGAUUUUCUGGUAUCGAACACCGCUACCAGAUCUACGUCUUUCGAAUGAUGAGCUGCCUGCGAAUCUUGAGGCUCCUUGGUAUUACUAGCGGCACUUCUGUUAUUUUGCGAAGUUUAAAGCGAGCCGCACCUACACUGCUCAACAUCGCCUUUCUAAUAGGGUUCUUUUGGCUUUUAUUCUCCGUUGUCGGCGUUCAGAGCUUCAAAUCCAGUUUGAGGAGGACAUGUGUCCUUGAUGGCGCUCUCGCGACCCCUCCCACCGAAAACAACACCCAGAAUCAACCUCCUCCAGCUGGAAACUUUCAAUUCUGUGGUGGCUGGAUCGAUUUCGAUGGCAACAAGAUGCCAUGGCUGAGGUCAGAUGGAUCAAAUGGCACAGACGAGCAUAAAGGCUACCUCUGUCCUCAAGGGUCAUACUGCGUCGAAGGCGAGAAUCCAUACAACAGCACGAUCAGCUUUGACAACAUUCUUCAAUCCGCGGAGCUGGUGUUCGUUAUCAUGACUUCGAAUACAUUCACCGAUAUAAUGUACUACCUGAUGGAUUCCGACUACCUGGCUGCAGCACUCUUCUUUGCCUUCGGUACCAUAUUCCUUACCUUCUGGCUCAUUUCGCUGCUGAUUGCGGUGAUCACCUCUUCAUUCCAGAUCAUUCGCGAGGAAAGCAGGAGUAGUGCUUUCAUGGACUCUGCAGACCCGGCGGAAGACCAUGAAGAAGCUGAAAAUCCAGAGCUAUCGCCUGGGGGCAGAAAGAGUCGAAUACGCAUAUCUGGAAUAAAAAGGGCAUAUCAGAAAUCAUACUGGUUCUGGAUUGUGGUGAUUAUAUUCGAUCUCAUUGUCCAAGCCAUGCGAACGGAUACGAUGGGUCCAUUCACAACCAAUCUGAUCAAAUAUACGGAGCUCAUUGUCACUCUUGCUCUGGUAUUUGAGAUCAUCUUUCGCUUCGUCUCAGACUGGAGAGAUUUCCGUCAUCACAGACGAAACUGGUUCGACCUGUUCCUAGCCGUAAUGACUGCGAUCAUUCAGCUUCCUCCUAUCCGCAAUUCUGGAGACCCAUAUGCCUGGCUCACAGUCUUCCAGGUUCUAAGGAUCUACCGAGUGGUCCUGGCAGUCCAGCUGACGAGGGAUCUGAUCUUGCUUGUUCUACGCCACGUGUCUGGUGUGCUGAACUUGAUCGUUUUCGUGUUCCUGCUCACUUUCCUGGCUAGCAUCUUCGCCGCUCAGCUGUUUCGAGGUCAGCUUCCGAUUCUGGACGAUGAGGGCAACUAUAUUCAAGUCCCCUUCGCAACAAUAUUCAACAGCUUCCUUGGAAUGUACCAGGUGCUGUCCACCGAGAACUGGACAAACGUUCUAUAUAACGUUGCGCGGUUCGACCAGCAAUACGGGACAUCCUGGAUUGCUGCGAUAUUCUUCAUCCUCUGGUUCUGCUUGGCGAACUUCGUCGUUCUGAAUAUGUUUAUUGCUGUCAUUCAAGAGAAUUUUGACGUUUCAGAAGACCAGAAGCGCAUGCAGCAAGUUCGAUCAUUUCUUCAACGCAAGGAGCUUGGCAGUGAUACAGGAGGCACGCUAUCGCUUGCUACAAUCUUCAAGUUUGGCUCAGUGAAGCGACAAGAUCCCUUGGACUUCGGAUCAGCGACCACGGAAAUGCUGUUGAAAGACGCUGUGGUGAAGGACUUCCUCGAUGACCAAUUGCAAGACGGCGACAACCUCAAACGCGCACCCACUGCGGGUUUGGCCUCGGCCAGCACGCUUGCACUCGUCAGUCAGCCUGCUGGACUAGCCGCGCGCCUGCAAGAAUGGAUCAAUAAGCACGUCUGGAAUCGUGAGCCCAAUCCAUUCUACGCCAAGCUGCAACUGACAAAGCCGCGUGAAGAGCUAGAUCCUCGGAGCCUGGCUCAAGAAGUGGUCGAAGCAGCAGAGCAGCGGAAAGUCUCCCAACGAGAAUAUCUGCGAAGAUAUCCCAACUACAAUACUACGCUUUAUCUGUUCACGCCAGAGAAUCCCAUCCGGAAAUUCUGCAUGCGCAUUGUUGGUCCCGGUAGAGGGCAGCGCAUCCAAGGCGUACAGCCCCAUCCGACUGUUUGGUACGCCUUCUCGGCCUUCAUCUAUGCUGCAAUUGUUGGCAUGGUUCUGCUCGCUUGCGUGACGACACCACUGUUUCAGCUGGAGUACUUCAAGAAGUUUCCGAACGUCAGCGACAGGCACAAUUGGUUCACCUUUACGGACAUUGGAUUCGCUACUCUGUUUACGGUCGAGGCGAUCAUAAAAGUCAUCGCAGAUGGCUUCUUCGUAACGCCGAACGCAUACUUUCGCAGCUCGUGGGGCUUUAUUGACGGAAUCGUGCUUGUCACACUGUGGGUCAAUGUAUUCACCUCGCUGUACGACCCUGGUUCUGGCUCUCGUGCUGUUGGCGCUUUCAAAGCGCUGAGAGCCUUGCGUCUCCUGAAUGUCAGCGACAGCGCGAGAGAUACGUUCCACUCGGUCAUCGUGCUGGGAGGAUGGAAGGUGCUGAGUGCGGCAUUCGUGUCGCUUUCUCUGUUGAUUCCGUUUGCCAUCUAUGGCCAGAAUUUAUUCGCAGGUAAGAUGGCUCGGUGCAAUGACUGGCAGCAGUAUGACGUCCACAAUCUCACGGACUGCGUUGGUGAAUCAGUGUUCUCCCCAAUCGGAGCAGACAUGUUGGCACCGCGAAGAGUGGCGAACGUGAAUUUCGCAUACGAUUUCGACUCAUUCGGCGAUGCAUUGUUUAUCCUCUUCCAGGUCGUCUCGCAGGAGGGCUGGGUCGAUCUGAUGUGGAGCGGCCAAUCAAUCACCGGGGUCUUUACACAGCCUGCCUGGUUCUCACAACAAGGCAAUGCGGUCUACUUUGUGCUUUUCAACCUGCUCGGUGCAGUCUUCGUGCUGACGCUGUUUGUCUCCGUCUUUAUGCGCAAUUAUACGGAACAGACUGGCGUGGCAUUCCUGACGGCCGAGCAAAGGUCUUGGCUUGAAUUGAGAAAGCUUUUGCGACAAGUCGCACCCUCGAAACGUCCGAACCGUCAAAAAAAGCGCCAGAGCUGGCAAGAGUGGUGCUAUCGACAAGCUGUGACCAAAAAGGGCAAGUGGCAGCGAACAAUCACUGGCCUACUCAUUGCGCACCUCAUCCUGCUCUGUGCGGAGUGGUAUCCCGAGCCAUUUGCGUGGACCGUAACGCGCCUGUUCAUCUUCUUCAUCUUCACGCUGUUCUACAUCGCCAACAUCUUCAUUCGAUUGAUCGGGCUCUCUUGGACACGGUUCCGGAAGAGUGCAUGGGAUGUGUACGGGAUGGUAGUUGUCUCCAUCUCCGUCGUCACAUCUGUGCUGGUCUUUGGCAACUGGCAAAAUACGGUCUACGCCCAGAUACAUAAGUUGUUCCUGGUUGCGGUGGCUCUGUUACUCAUCCCGCGCAACAAUCAGCUCGACCAACUCUUCAAGACGGCCGCAGCAAGUUUUAGUGCAAUCGCCAACCUGCUGGCAACCUGGUUCGUACUUUUCUUGGUGUACGCCAUCGCCUUUACCCAGACUUUUGGUUUGACGAGAUUCGGUAACGACGAAACCAACAACCUCAACUUCAGGACGGUACCAAAAGCCCUUAUCCUUCUGUUCCGCAUGAGUGUCGGUGAGGGCUGGAACCAGAUCAUGAUGGACUUUGCCCACAUUGAACCACCCUACUGCACAGUGUCAGAUGAAUACUACGAGUCAGACUGCGGAAGCAAGCAGUGGGCCUACGCACUCUUCGUCAGCUGGAACAUCAUCAGCAUGUACAUUUUUGUCAACUUGUUCAUCUCUCUGAUAUACGAGAGCUUCUCGUAUGUCUACCAACGGAGCAGUGGGCUAUCAAUCAUCAGCCGGGAAGAGAUUCGACGCUUCAAGCAGGCCUGGGCAGAAUUCGACCCAAACGGAUCCGGGUUCAUCACACGAGAGCAGUUCCCGAGAUUUCUCGGAGAGCUCUCAGGUAUCUUCGAGAUGAGAAUUUACGAUGGAGACUUCACGGUCAAGUCUUUGAUGGAAGACUGCAAAGUCGGGCCUACGAGAGCCAGUCAGCUGCCGCUCGAUGGAGAAUGCAAUAAGAUUGAAAUCGAUCUCGCGAAGCUGAAUUCGAGGCUCGCGGAAUUGCCAGUGGAGGAGAUUCGCAAUCGACGAAGACGUAUGAACACGUUCUACGAAGAAGUGCUCGUCUCUGCGGAUCCAGAUCGUGGUAUCGCGUUCAACGCGCUCCUGAUGAUCCUUGCGCACUAUAAAGUCAUCAACGACAGCAAGAGCUUACGACUGGAAGAGUUCUUACGACGUCGCGCUAGACUGCAGCGUGUGGACGAAGCGGUCAAUCGCAACAUUGUGGUGGGAUUCUUCGACACACUGUACUGGUCGCGCAGAUUCCGCAGACGCAUCGAUUCAAGGAAAGAUGCGCGCAUGACAGCCAUACCCACGUUUGAAGUACCCGAGAUUCUGGUUGAAGAUGCGGGUGAGCACGACGCUUCACAAGCGAGAACAUUUGACGUGCCCGCGCUCAGCAUUACACCCGUCGAGUUCGAUGCAGAUGGCACCUCCGACUCACUCGCUGUUGGGCGGGCUCGCGCAGCUGAUGACAGCUCACGUUACAGCGCAGGCCGGUCAAGCGGAGCUGACAGUAGCGAUGUGCGUGGGCGAAGCAGCUCAAUCCAGCUGUCGCCAUCGGCAUCCCCUACCCGCGAGGCCUUCCAUUUGUCACCUCAGCAUCGGCCAACGGCGUCAACGAGCAGCAUCCAGCCUGAUUGGCACUUUGCGGCUGCAAUGGAGGGUGCCAACAGAAUCUCACCUCCAGGAAGUCCUGGGUUGAGUGAGCACGAUGCUCACGCAGCACGGAGUCGGGCGAAUAGUGCCAUCAGCCAGCAUGAGAUGACGGACAUGUUUGGAAACAGCGCAUGGGGGCAGUCCAUGAGACGCAGUAUCACGCAAAGAAGAACAAGUGACAAUCGCAGGCCUCCGUCAUAAGGCCGACUGGCGGAAGAUGAUGAAAAGCAAGCGCGGCAGCAUUGAGUUGUAGUUGUAACGAGUUGAUGUGGACGAGAGAAGUUACUCGCGAGCAACCGGCGUUCUACGGUGCAUAGCGCUGGAGUUGGGAUUGUGUUUGAUUGCGUGUAGAUACCAAAUGCAGCUGCUGUCCUGCUGUCCAUCGUGGCACGACUGACCUG